AUGGCUACCUCAAUUGUGGCCGCGAAGCGGCCUUUCCUUACCCUGCCGUUUCUGCUCCCUUCUUGGACGGAUUCCCUAGCGCUGGGGUCACGACGAUAUCAAUCUUCAUACCGACGUACCAAGCAGCGUCUACGUGUCAAGCCGGAUGCUUCCUUCGGCCCGUCCCACGCCGGACAGGACCAGAUCAUCUACAAUCCGCCAUCCAGUGCUCCUACAGCCUAUCACACUCCCAAUAAAUUUUUGCCAGCCGAUGAUGCCCGGAGGUCGAUGCGCGUCGAGGGAUUAAACUCUGUGACAUCUAAUUGCUCGCCGAUCUUCAUUGCCAUGGUCUGCGAGGCCAGCCCGGAAAAGAAGCAGAUGCAGAAGCAGGUGUUGGAAGCAGUGCAAUCGCGAUGGGGUGUGAAGCGACGGAUGGCCAGGGAGGACAGACAGCUUCGCCGUGAGGCCUGGGCUCGGGAUGAGUGA